AUGACUCGCGCCAAGCUUGAUUUCGUUUCAAACUCGUCCUUCACGUCGUCGCAGAAGACUGAACUCUUGAAGGUCGACAACAAGGACCUUUCCUUCAAUCUCAUGUACUGGGAGCUCUGCGCUGGUGGUUCGACUAGCAGAGAGAUCCUCGUCUACGGCAAGGCCCAUCACGAGUUCACCUAUCCCGACAAUGAAGGAUGGCACAAGGGCACAGUGCCAACAGUAUUCUCAGUCCUGCCAGUUCUCAGAAUCAAGGACCGUCGCCCCUCUUCACCCUUCCAAGACAAAGAACUAGUCCUCGCAGAGGCAAUUAUCAUCGACACUUUCCUGGCCGGCCGAUUCGGUCUCCUCGGCGACAACGAAUGGGAAUCGAUUGCGAUCAAAACUUUCCACUCCAGCAUCCAUUAUCUCCGUGAGCGUUGCUUCUCGUUCGUGUUGAUGGUCCCCGUGGAGUUGAGGAAGAAGGCGCGUGAAGAUUUUUUGGAUGGGUUUAUGAAAAAGUUUUGUGAGGACCAUGAGUACCAUUUGAAGGCGAAUGGGUCUAAUGGCCACUAUGUUGGCAACAAGCUGUCGCUGGCGGAUAUCCAUCUGUCGAACGUGAUCCACUUCUUCUCGAUGGCGCCCUGGGGCAAGAUGGCAUUGGAUCGAUUCAAGCAGUACGAGUCGCUUUGGAAGGUCAACGAGACUGUGGAGAAGGUGCCCGAGAUUGCCGAGUGGAGACAGUCUGCGUUGUUCAAGGGUCUUGAGGAGUGCACUGUUGGAUUUUACUCCGCCAAUGGUGCCCCCGAGGACCAGCCAGAGUCCUAA